GAAGAGGGUGAGAGAGCUCCUCGUGCAUUGCUUUCGAGUUCGUUAACUUUCAGACAAUCUCCCCGAGAUUUUAAACCCGUGGUUUCCUCCGUUCCGCGGGGAAGGAGGAUAUCGCGUUCGAUAAUAAUAAUUGGCCAUCUCGUGGCCCAGCCAUUUGCUCCGCGCAAAUCGCAAAGAGCACCAACUUUCCCUCGAUUAAAGUUUCCUUCGGAUUUAUCAUUUCUGCGGAGAUAAGCCGGAUCUUUUAAUAUUCUCGGUGUCAGUGCUCUCGUGGCUCGUUUAACGGGCAAAAGUUUUCACCUGCUUGCCUUCUCACCGUCGAUAUCACCGUCACCGCGAGAAAACGACGUUUCUUUUCGCAAAGAUCAAUAAUAAGAGGCAAAGAGGGAGAAGAAGAGAAGAAAAGAGAGAGUAAUACGUUCUGUAAAGCGUUUCUCCAAUUCAUUGUGAUCAACGAAGAAAGGCAUUAAGAUAUGACAGAAUGGAGUACAAUCUGUUGUUAAAUUAAUUCUUCCAUCGUAGCAAUAGUAAUAUGACGAGAAACUACGUAAACUACGUUCGUGAAAAGUGCCUCUUUUCAAAGAAGGGAUUGAUCAUUGGAACGCGUUCUCGGGAAAGAACCAUCCCCGGGAACGACUUACGUAAUUCAUCGGGGGACGCAACGCGCGCGAAGAGUUCGCGGUUUUGUUUUCAACGAGGUGAACCGACGGGGUGAAAUAUCGACGGUCUGCUCUUGACUUUGUUUCGUCGGCUGACACGACGAUCUAUCUUCUGAUUGGAUGCGAUAAAACGAUACCCAGGAUGCCAGCAACGGUCCAAACCGCGUAUAGUUUGCGGUCUCGCGACCAACGCAUCGCAGGCGACUCAAUGACAGAAUCAUAAUUAAACGUUGAAUUAUUAUCGGCCCGUCCUCCCGUCGGAUCAGUCCAGACCUGCUCGUGAAAAUUUUUCCGUUAAAUCGACGAUUUCAUGGUGGGGGAGAAAUGGAAUUUUCCUCCGAAAUCCGUAAAAUCCAAUUGUCCCAUUGCGAUACCCCGUUCCGUUUGUUCCCUCGAUCGUGUUGUUUCGAAUGUAUUUCGGGGAGAAUAAUUUGGAAAUGUUGUCGAUCCGAUCGUAAUCCGAGACGAGAGGAGGAUCGUUUCGCGCACAGUUCUUCGGGAUUCUGAUUCCUCCCUAUUAUUUCGAACGGUGGCCGGAUAGCGCAAUUUCGAAGCGUUGAUUCGUACGGUUGUAAAACGUAGGAUGGGGAGAGGUUUCACGCAUAGUUGUUCGGUAUUUUCUGACUCAUAACUCCGUACAAGCGCUCCAACUAAAAAUAAAAGCGAAGCGUUAGAUGAUCAACGGAGGAGAUGUAAUGUUGGCGUGUUCCCCUUUAAUUUUAGCUCGACGUCAACUUUCUCGAGAUUGACAAUGUUGCGUGCAACUCUCCCCUGUAAUAAACAGCGUUUAUGUCAAUAAACGACGCGGUUAAAUCUUCGCUUUCUCGCGGUUUUUUGCCAAUCGCGCCUGGGCGAAAGUUUUCUACGAAGUUUUGGGGGUGGAAUGGAACACGAGUUGGUUUCAGAAAUCAUCGAGUUUCGAUGGGUUUUAUAAUUGGCGAGAAUCGAAGCGAGGAGAUUCAAUCUUUCGAGAGUAAAGUUGAGAAAAAUUAAAGGGGUGUCGAGUUUUGUAUCGAAAUGGAGUUAAUUAACCGAUUAAUAAUCCGCCGUUUAAUCAUUCGGAAGGAAAGUUCCGUCGGGAUAAUUUCACGGCCACUUAGUGGGAUUACAGUUGCAAUUUCAAGAUGAGGUUUCGUUACCUACCACCACUCGGCUCAUUAGUUGUCCACACGUGUCCCACGAUAAAUAGCGCGACACGAUUCAUCACGUUCUCUCCGGCUGUUGCCGAAAAUUUCGAAAUAAUCUCCGCGGAUCCUCCCUUCUAGUUAAUUUGAAAAGAAGAGAAAAAGAGAAAGCAAACAACUUUCAUCCAUCACAAUUGUUCGUUCGUUCGUUCGUUCGUUCGUUCUUCUCGAGAGAAAUUAAAAAUUUUUGCGUUUCGUCUACGAAAAACGGGAGAAUGUAUUUUCUUUCUCCUUCUCUCUCUCUCCCUCUUUAUCUUUUAUUAUCGAUUCUUCCUCGUUUAUCGAAUCGUCGUUCGAAACGGAUAUAAAUCAAACGAAAUUCCGCGUUAGAAAUUUACUCGCCCUCGGUAUAAUUUAUACGUUACACGCGGGUUGGUCGGCGUAUAAAAAUUCGUGGCGUGACAUUCAAUUUAUCAUCGACAAGGGAGCUCAUUCAGACGCGGGAUCCAAUGCGUUCCGUAAUUUCCGCGCGUGAUACUCGCCACCAACACAAGCAUUCCGUUCCUCGUCGGUUUAACCUCUUUUUUUUCUUUCUUUCUUUCUUUUACCUAAAUCUAAAUGUAUAAUCCUAUAAUUCACUCGAUAUCGAAUAAUUUAUGGAGAUAAAUGAAACCGUAUCUUUCCAAAAGUAUUUAUAAACGAAUGUCGCGUCUUUAAUCGAAUAUUUUUCGUAAUUCGGGGGGAAAAAAGGAAGAAGGAAAAUUUAUAUAAAAAUACGAAGAGAAACGAAGCGUAGAAUUCGUACUCGUUCGGUGGUCGAUUUGUCGAAAGCGAAGCGCAGCUAAUUUCGCAUCCUCGUUCCGCCUCGCCAUAUCGAUCCUCCUCCUCCUCCUAAGACCGAACCGAUAAAUUACCGAUCCGCCAAUUCUCGCUCGUGAAUCUUAUUCAUUUAUUAUCGACGUAAACACGAUUGCGAAAUGAACUCUCGUUCCGGUCAAUUUUUCGAUUUGCCCGAUUUUUAUUACGCGAAAAGUUGACGGAUCUUUCUGCCGAUUCCGAGGAUACUUUCCUUCUCGAGAAAGACGAGGAGGAACGGGGAUGGGCCGCUAUGAAAUUAGAAAUUUCCAAGGGAGGGAAACGUGCUUUAUGCGCCGCUUCCAAAAUGUAUUUUAAGCGAACCAGGUAUACGUGCUAUUCCACGAUGAUUCAUGGUGGAGAUUUUUGGUACGAUUCUAUUACGAAGCUUGUAAACCGGAGACUUUAUUCGUUACUUUGUUAAUUAAAAUCUGGCCGUGACGUCGCCUGAUUACGCCCCGUUUUAUUAAUAAACUGGAAGCGAGGCUUUAGCAGAAUUCCAAGUAAAUCCAUUGGAACUCGGAAUUUCUACUUCUUACACCCCUCCCGCCUCUUCAAGAGUGUUAAGAGAUUGUCCCACGAGCUAACUUCGCCGAUCGAUUUCCAUUCCCACUGGAUUUUCCACUCGUACUUUUUGAAGAGGAAUGCGAAAUAAGGAAUCCCGAAAUAAGAAAUCCGUUGGAUGAUUUAUCGCGAGAGCAUCGAUCUAUAUGUCGCUUCGACGGUGAAAUCCAUCCAACGAUGAAAUUCCACGGUGUUCGUUACAACAUCACAUCAUUCGGAUAACGAUCCACGAUUCUUUCCUUCGUUGCUAUUGUUCCCCAUUUCUGGAGAAUUGCAUUUCGAGAAUGAGUUACGUUCCGUUUGUGUGCAGAGAAGAAAAUUCUUUGGAAAAUUGCGUUUUUUCGCGCGAAGAAAAAAGAUUCCCCGGAACCGGACGAACGAUAGUUGGAAUUUUCUUGGGUGAAAAGAGAAAAAGAAAAAGAAGAGAAGAGGAGGAAGGGAAGGAAGAAGAAGAAGAAGGGGAAGGGGCGGUUGGAAUGUUGGACGCUUUUUCUCGUGGUCGAAGGCGCCAGUUUCGAUUUCGACGUUUCAAUCUCUCUCGAAUCGGUCGCCGCCGUUGCGUGUUUUGGGAAUUGGACGAAUUGCGGCCAGGAAAGUUGAGCGAAAUAUUAUAUCGCGAAUUAAUUUCUCGCAAGUAUCGGGGAGGAUCGAGGGAAGCAUCGCUACGGGGGGAGAGAAAGUUAAUUCUCGUGUUCGCCACGAGAAUCCUUCUUUCCAAAGUUUGCAAACUUUGGUUAAAAGAAUAACAAUUUUUAAUUUGACCGUCCGGCCGGGAACAGGAGACAAGCGUUCUUUCCGCGUCGAAGAUUCGAGUUAACGAGAGGAUAAUUAACGAAGUGUCGUCCCGUCGUUAAUCGCUGGAAAUUUUCGUAUUUCCCGCGUUAUCCGGGAGAAGAUCGCCGGGAAGCAUCCCGAUUGUCACGGCCCUGGCUGCUAUUUUUGCUAUCGUCCGCGCGAUAUUUAUAACAACGGACUUAUUUCACCGUCGACACGACUUCUGUCUGUCGUGGAGCGAGCAACCGACUCUUGGAUUCACGUUUGAAACGUGCCGCCUUCGAUAGUCCAACGACUAUUUUUCCCGCCGUCCCAAAAAGCGAACGCUCCUCUGGAAAGCGGGGCUCCAUCUCCCCUUUUGCUUUCGUGCAAUUUUCCGAAUAUUCCAAAAAAGAAACAGGGGGAAAAAUCACGCCGACUUUGAGGAUCGCAUCAAAUCCGAGUUAAUUAAUCGCGAUAGGCGUCCGAUUUCAAAGGCGACAGAUUAAAUUCGUUAUCGCCGAAUCAUCUCCGUUCCAUUGUUCCCUUAAUUAACCCACCGUGCCGCUUCAUACUUACGUACGACGACGAGGCUGUGUGUAAUUAAUAGCGCGCAUCCUAUUUUCCCCCUAGCCGCAUUUCGUAUUUUUCCCUUUGAUCACGAUGCCGCAUUACGCCACCAGCCUUUUUAUCUCCUCUUCUUCUUCUACUUUUUUCCGUUCCUUAAGCGGCGUGCAAAAAGCGUGCUCAGAUUUAUGUAUCCGUCGUUACGUCGAUCUCUCUCGGAUGGAUUAAUACAGGAAGCCAAGAUGAUACAGUAGCUGCGGCUCGAGCGUCAAUUAACAAUUAUCGAUAAAUUUUACCCGAGCACGAUUUCGUUUCGCGGGGGAUCGAUUCGUGUUUAAUCGUUUUCACUCGAGAUUCUCGCUCGAGAGAUUCGGCUCGUUAGGAUCGUACGAAAGAACGGCAGAAUAUAUACAGAGCGUCGGAGGAUCCAUUAGUCGGGACAAAUUUUCCGAGAGUCCGAAGAUGGGUCGAAUCGAACGUGUUAUACCGGCUAUUAACAAUUUUACGAUCUAUCCGACGGCCGCUAAAUGUUAUUUCAAAUAACCCGUGAAAACGCGUCGUCGAGAAGACGUCGGAUUAAUUUCGUCGGGACACCGUGGAAUAAUUUCCAACUAUCUCGCGUUGUUUCCCACUACCACCACGUGACCGACGCUCAUUGUUCCUUCUUCGCCACCACAACGAACCCGAUGAAAAUUCAUUAACGCGAAUAUUUGCGAAUAGAUGUCCGCGUAAUCGGGAUGUUCCUCGGCCCCGCUUCGUUAAUUUUCCAACGUUGAACACCGACAACAACAUCGUGUAACCAUACAAAUAAAUCAUUUCAUCCAGACAGACUUCUUUUCGUCGAUCGAUUUUCAUUUGAUUCGCCAGAGAACGAAUGCUAAUUAUUGCGAUGAGAAUGAGGAGAAGGAAUUGACCCCGGAAGAAGCGGAGUUCAUCCAAAAAAUCAAGUCGAAGAUAAAUGUGGUACGAUCCAUGGAACGUCUCUACGCCGUGCCAUCGGAACAGCUGCGUGUUUGGUUGGUCUGGCUGUCGAAAGUAGGAGACAUGGCUGACGAAUGGCACAAAUGGUUACGCUCUCACAUCGACUUCGUUCUAAGAUUGUCGAUAGAGCUGCGGGCGGCCGAGGAGGUUUUAACAUUGGAGCAGGAAAAAGAAGAAGAGACGGCGAAAAAGGAAAUUCAAGUGGAAACCAAAGUGGAGACCAAAGAGAUCGAGACGAACACGAAGGAGGACUCGAAGGAGGAGACGAAGGAGAACGAAAAGGUGGAGGAAAAAAACAACACAGAAUCAGGGAAUACGAACAACACAGGACCGGGAAACUCGAACAAUUCAGGACCAGGGAACGCGAAUAAUUCAGGACCAGGGAACUCGAACAAUCCAGGACCGGAGAACUCGAAUAAUUCAGGACCAGGGAACUCGAACAAUCCAGGACUGGAGAACUCGAACAAUCCAGGACCGGAGAAUUCGAACAAUCCAGGACCGGAGAAUUCGAACAAUCCAGGACCGGAAAACUCGAACAAUCCAGGACCAGGGAACCCGAACGAUGAAGAAAAUGACGAUGAGAAGACAGAGGAGAAGAGAGAUGAGACAGAAACACCGACAGAAGAAUCCGAUAAGCCGAACGAAGAGUUGAUAACGGAGGAGGAGAAAAACCCGGAAGAAGGAGAAAAGGAAGAAGAAGAAAGAAGAGAAGAAGAAGAAGAAGGAGAAGCAGAAACAGUAGUGACUGAAAUAGUAGAGAAAGAAGAGGGAGCGGGAGAAGAAGAGGAAGAAGUCAAGCCGUCGAUAGUGAUAACAGAAGAGGAAGAAGAGGACGAGGGACAAAUUAUAAAGGAGUGGCCUGUGGGCAUUCCGUGGGAACAUUUAGGGAUAGAGGAAGAAGAGGAGAAGCUAUUUGACGAUCGAUUGCCCAUACCCAAGAACGAGGUAGAGAUGAAGGAUUUCUUGAGGAAGUUCACGCACGAGGCGACCAUCCAUCGAUCCUUCUUUAAACAUUGGAAGGAAACCGCGGAUCAGGCUGUCAAGGAAAUUGGAAACAGACUGGUUAUGGCUACGUUCCUGGUGCAAGGGAAAGAUCAGACUGGAGAGGUAAAGAAACCGCCCCCUAAAAAAAUACUCAAGAAAGUGAAACCUCCAGUCCAAAAGAAGGGCAAGAAAAAGAAAGUUGCAUCGCCUGCGAGGAAGACGAACGAUGAACUGGAGGACGACUCAAAACUGGAAAUGACGAAUAAAAGGGAGUUGGAAAUUCGCAAAAUGCUCGAGAUAGACGCGAAUGAUUUCGUGAAAGACUGUGCACGUGGAUUGGAACCGUUGCCGUACUUCUUCUACCUGAAAGUGGAACCGGACAUCGACAUAGCUAUAGAGCACGAUGACGAGAAGGUGAUCCUGGCCGACACCGAGCGCGAGAACAUAACCGGUGAUUACCAGCGCCUCUACUUCAAUCUUUCGGACAAACCUUGCAAAGGAGGGAAACCGUGGAUGUUAUAACCGGGAGAAGGAGCACGAAGCAGUGUCACUAAAGCGUAUACAAGUAACAAUAACAAAAUAAAUUCUUGCAGCUAAA